AUGGCCGACCAGCCCAACGAGAAGCCCGAGGUCGCCGCCGCUGCUGCUGACGCGCAGGAAGCUCCUGCCACCGAGAACAAGCCUGCCGAGGCCCCAUCAGCCGAGGACAAGGCAGAGCCCGCGGGCGAGACAGCCAAGGGAGGCGACGAGAACGACAAGGCCGCCGAGGAAUCCAAGGAAGCUGAGAGCUCAGAGAAGCCCGCCGAAGCUCAAGACGCGAUCGAGAAGCCCAAGGAGGGCGAGAAACCUGCUGCUGAGGACGAAGACACGGAGAUGAAGGACGCGACCGAGACACCAGCUGCCAAGGAGGCCACUGCUGAUAGCGCGGCCCCCCCUGCUGAUGGCGAGACCACAGCUGCAAACACUGCAGCUGAGACUCCCGCACCCAAGGGGAGAAACAACCGACGCAAGUCGACGGGCGGGGCUGGAGGCAAGACUCUGAGCAAGAAGGCUUCCAAGGCGCGCCUCACACACCUGGACGCCAAGCCUGGCGACCACUUCCUGGUCAAGCUCAAGGGUUUCCCCGCGUGGCCAGCCAUCAUCUGCGACGAGUCAAUGCUCCCGCAGGCCCUCGUCGUCAACCGUCCCGUAACCGCGGCACGACGCGAUGGAACCUACAACGAGGCUUAUGCCGACGGCGGCAAGCGCGUCAACGACCGAAGCUUUCCUGUCAUGUAUCUGUACACGAACGAAUUCGGAUGGGUUCCCAACACAUCCCUCACAGAGCUCACCCCCGAGAAGGCCUCUGACUCGAUCACCGAGAAGAUGCGCAAGGAUUUGCGAGAAGCGUUUGAGCUCGCCUCCCAGAACAACCCCAUCGAUUACUACAAAGACGUCUUGAAGCAAUUCCAAGAAGAGCUGAUUGCACAGGAGGAGGCAAAGAAGGAGGCCGCCGCGACACCCAAGAAGUCCAAGAAGGGCAAGGCCAAGGCACCAGCUGAUGACCUGGAGAUGGAUGACGUGGAUGACGACGUUCCAGAGAAGCCCAAGUCCAAGAAGCGGAAGGCCGAAGACGACGCCAGCACACCGCAACGGUCCGACUCGGUCAAGAAGCCCAAGAUCAAGCUCAACACUUCUACCCCCAAGGCGGCCAAUGGCACUCCCAAGGGCAAAGACGAAUCAACUACUAAGACAAAGCUCAAGGUCAAGAAGUCGUCUGAGAAGAAGGCCGAGGGGCCCAAGGAGCCCAAGGAGCCCAAGAUGACAGCCGAGCAGCGUCGGCAGCGCAAGGAGAAGGAAGUUCUCUACCUCCGACAUAAGCUUCAACGUGGACUCCUCACAAGAGACCAGCAGCCUCAAGAAUCUGAGAUGAAGCAGAUGUCCGAGUACGUGACAAUGCUGGAGAACUUUAAGGAUCUCGAGGUCUCCAUCAUCCGCUCGACCAAGAUCAACAAGGUUCUCAAGGCCAUCUUGAAGCUCCAGACCAUUCCCCGCGAGGAAGAAUUCCAUUUCAAGGACCGUUCCCAAGCGCUUUUGGACCAGUGGAAUCAGUUGAUGGCCAACGAGCCUGCUGCUGCCGCUGCCAACGGAGUUAACGGAAAGUCCGAAGCCAAGCACUCAGAGAAGAAGAGAGAAUCGCAUAGUGGCAAAGAGGACACUGAGGAGCCCAAGGCGGAGGAGUCUGGAAAGCCCAAGGCCGAGCCUGAGGCAACACCAGAGGCGCCAGCGGCCGUGAAGAGCGAGAAGGAUGAGACCGUUGCCCCUCCUGAGCCUAUGGAAACCGAGGCUUAG